UCUUCUCAUUCUGCAGGAAAUACAUUUGGACACAUUUAGAAUGUUUAUUUUUGAAGCAAACAGUGAAUCUAUUUUUAAACACAAUUCAUUAAUAUCAUGAAAAAUAAUGACUGUUUGGGACUUUAAGGGGAUGAUGUGUAAAAUCACCUGCUGUCUUUUUAUUACAAAAUCAGACCAGACUCUCUGUGAAUGCAGAGUUUUUAGCAGAGUUAUUUUGCUGCUAUUACUGAAUUAAAAAAACCAAACUUAAAUCUUCCUGAUAUUUAAAACUCACCUGUGUGGUAUAAAUAGCUUCAAACACUCAGAUGUUCAAAUAUCUUACAGGAAAAUCCUUCUCAGUCACUUUUUCAGAUUUAAACGGGGAGAUUUGACGUUAAUAUGAGUUUCUUUUUUUGACAGCAACACAUUUUUCUUGCUAUGAUGAUGUCAGAAUGCAACAUUCAAAUUUAAAUUUGUAAAAAUACAUCUGAACAGAAGACAGAGAACAUUUUGUUGACCUAAAUAAGACUUUGAGCAGCGACUUCCCCGCCAGGUGCUGUUUCCUGCUGUUGAACCUGAUCAGAUUCCUGUUUCAAAAUGAACAAAGUCAAACGAUUCGAUGACAAACAACAUUUCCUCUCUGUCGUCAUCGCCACGUUGGCCCUGUUGUGCUCCAGCUACGCCUUACCGAGGACGGACCCUCCCAUCCGUUCCAACCUCCCCUUCCUCUUCAUGUGGAACGCUCCGACCGAGCUGUGCAACAUCCGCUUCGGCAUGCCCCUCGACCUCUCCUACUUCGACUUCGUCAGCAGCACGCUGAAAACGGCGACCAACCAGAGCAUCUCCAUAUUCUACACCGACCGCUUUGGCAUCUUCCCCUACGUGGACGAAGACACCGGUGAGAUGUACGAUGAAGGCCUGCCGCAGCUGGUAGACCUGCAGGAGCAUCACGAGCUGGCGGAGGAUGACAUUGAGUACUACAUCCCCGCCGAUCAGCCGGGCCUCGCCGUGCUCGACUUUGAGGAGUGGAGGCCGCAGUGGAUCCGAAACUGGGGCAGCAAAGACAUCUACCGACAGAUUUCCAUCGAAACGGUCAAGAAGAAGAACGCGACGUUGACCGAUGAUGAGGCGGAGGACCGGGCGAAGAUCGUCUUCGAACGCGCAGCCAAGAGGUACUUUAUCCGAUCCAUCCGCAUCGGGAAGAGGCUGAGGCCCAACAGACUGUGGGGUUACUACCUGUACCCCGACUGCUACAACUAUGACUACAACAAGGACAUGGACGGCUUCACCGGAGAGUGUCCCGCCAUCGAGUACAACAGGAAUGACGAGCUGCUGUGGCUCUGGAGAGAGUCCACGGCGCUCUUUCCCUCCAUCUACCUGGAGCUGGUGCUCAGAGACUCCCAGCAGGCCCGACUGUUCGUCCGCUAUCGUAUCCAGGAGGCCAUGAGGGUGUCAACGCUCCCCAACAGCUCCUACUCCAUCCCCGUCUACGCCUACAUCCGCCCCGUGUACAAGGACAGCGUUGACGACUACAUGUCAGAGUUUGAUCUGGUCAACACUAUCGGAGAAGCUGCUGCUCUCGGCGCCGCUGGUGUUGUUUCUUGGGGAGACAUGAACGUCACCGACUCUGAGGAUUCCUGCUUUGACGCUCGACAGCACCUGGAGCAGGUCAUGAACCCGUACAUCCUGAACGUCUCCACGGCGACGCAGAUGUGCAGUGACGCGAUCUGCCAGGGCCGAGGUCGCUGUGUGAGGAAGCGCUGGAACGACGACGUCUUCCUCCACCUCGACCCGCGCCGUUACAGGAUCCAGCGGCAAAGGCUCGGCGCCCCGCUCACUGUGAGCGGCGGCCUCUCGCAGGACGACAUCGACUGGUUCGACCGCAACUUUGACUGCAUGUGCUACAGCGAGGAGCCGUGCCGAUCGGUCCUGACGCUCAACGUCAUCGAGGAGGCCGUCGUCAACCCACGGGGUCGCUCUGCCGGAUGCCGCACUUCUGACAGGUCCCGCCUCCUCCUGCUGGGGAUGAUAAUAGUCUGUCUGAAGUAUGUUGUGAUGUAAAUUGUAAAUUAACAGAAAAUUUGGACUAUUUGUGUGUGACAAGAUGUUUAAAGAUAUCUGAGCCUGUUGUUCAUUCAUUUACUUGUUUUUUGUGACUGUUUUUAUCUGGUUUGCCAUUAAAGAUAUUUUUAUUUAGUUUAA